AUGUGCCGGUUCCCAUUGUUAUCAGCCUUGUUCGAUUAUUUGGGAUGGCAAUCAUCCGAUGUCCCUUCUCAACCCCUCUCGCAGGAGCUACAGGGAAGAAACCUUGCUGGCGAAUACCCUAGGUAUCAAAAAAUCGAACUGAUGCCACCGCUUCGGAAGGCUGCUAUCAGAGACCGUAUCCACUUACAUCAUGACUUCACCCAAUCAUUUAACAAUCAGCUCAUGUAUCAAAGUCUUGGAUCAAUGCAGCAGCUGCCACAGCCCUCAGCCGUACGAGUGAAACAAGAAUUCACGUCCACGGAUGGACCGCGGAAUAAUAGGAUUCGAGUCGGACAUAUGACGUAUACUGGAAACCUAAAGGAUUCAUACUUUGCAAACGGAACAUUUCUCACGUUGUAUGUAUAG